AUGCAACACCCAUCUGCUCGACUCCCAGAGGAUGACACCUGGACCAGCCGGUGGCAAAAGAGCUCGUGGAAGGCUAAGGACGGGCAGGCGGGCGAGUUCACCCUGUCGGCUGGCAAGUGGUAUGGUGAUGCGGAGGCGGAUAAGGGCAUCAAGACCGGUCCUGACAGCAAGUUCUUUGCCAUCAGCUCCGAGCUGAAGAAGCCCUUCACCAAUGACAAGAAGGACCUGGUCGUGCAGUUCUCUGUCAAGCAUGAGCAGGACAUUGACUGCGGCGGCGGCUACAUCAAGCUUGUUCCCGGCUCAAGCAAGGACAAGAUCAAGGACUUUGGCGGGGACACGCCCUACUCUGUCAUGUUUGGCCCCGACAUCUGCGGCUUUGGCACGCGCAAGGUCCACGUCAUCCUGCCCUACAAGGGCAAGAACCACCUCAUCAAGAAGGACAUCACCGCUAAGACCGACACCCUCACGCACGUGUACACGCUGCGCAUCAUGCCCAACAACACCUACCAGGUGCUGAUUGACCUGGAGCAGGUUGCUGAGGGCUCCCUGGAGGACGACUGGGACAUGCUGCCCCCCAAGAAGAUCAAGGACUCCAAGGCCUCCAAGCCCAGUGACUGGGACGAGCGCCCCAAGAUCGCCGACCCCGAGGACAAGAAGCCCGAGGGCUACGACGACAUCCCCGCCACCCUGCCCGACCCCGACGCCAAGAAGCCCGAGGACUGGGACGACGAGGACGACGGCGAGUGGGAGGCGCCCACCAUCCCCAACCCCGAGUACAAGGGGGAGUGGAAGCCCAAGCAGAUCGACAACCCGGCCUACAAGGGCAUCUGGGAGGCCCCCGACAUUGACAACCCCGAGUACAAGGCCGACCCCAACCUGCACCUCAUCAAGGACACCAAGUACGUCGGCUUCGAGCUCUGGCAGGUCAAGAGCGGCUCCAUCUUUGACAACAUCAUCGUGACCGACGACCUGGCCGAGGCCAAGAAGCUGGCGGAGGAGACGUGGGGCAAGAGCAAGGACGCGGAGAAGGCCAUGCAGGAGAAGAUCAAGAAGGAGGAGGACGAGAAGAGCAAGGCUUCUGAGACCAAGGAGGACAGCAGCAGCAAGGACAGCGAGGAGGACGAGUACGAUGACGGGGAGGAGGACGACAAGAAGGACGGCAAGGCGCCUGAGGAGAAGCUGGAUGCAGGGGACAAGGAGGAGGACGAGCAGGAGGACGACAAGGAGGAGUUGUGA